UGCAAGCCGCUGGCCCGGCGCACAGAGCUGCCCCCGGAGUCCGGACCGACCCGUCCAGAGCCGCUUCUCCCCGCCGGGCCGCCUCGCCUGGGACUGGGCCAGCACCGAGCCCCGGGCGCUCCGCACCAGCCCGCUCCAGGCUUCGGGCUCCGGGCAGCGCCGCCCGGGCGCCCCGUCCAGCAUGAGCCGCCAGGGCAUGGCCGCCCACACCCAGACCCGCAUCCGCACGGACCGGUUCGCCGACAGCUACACCCUGCUGGGCAGGGAGCUGGGCAGGGGCAAGUUUGCGGUGGUGAAGAAGUGCCUGGAGAAGGCCACGGGCCGGGAGUUCGCAGCCAAGUUCCUGCGGAAGCGGCGCAAGGGCGAGGACUGCCGGCUCGACAUCAUCAACGAGAUCGCCGUGCUGGAGCUGGCCGCCCGCAGCCCCCACGUGGUGGAUCUGCACGAGGUCUACGAGACUCCUGCCGAGAUCGUGCUGGUGCUGGAGUGCGCAGCUGGCGGGGAGAUCUUCCAGCAAUGCGUAGCAGAGCAGGAUGAGGCCUUCACCGAGCAGGACGUGAUCCGGCUGGUGCGGCAGAUCCUGCGCGGCGUCGCCUUCCUGCACCAGCACAACGUCGUCCACCUGGACCUGAAGCCCCAGAACAUCCUCCUGACCAGCAGCAGCCCCCUGGGCGACAUCCGCAUCGUGGACUUCGGGCUAUCGCGUCGGGUGGACGCCGUGCGGGAGGUGCGCGAGAUUCUGGGCACGCCGGAGUAUGUGGCUCCCGAGGUCCUGAGCUAUGAGCCCAUCAGCACAGCCACCGACAUGUGGAGCAUCGGGGUGCUGACCUACGUCAUGCUGACGGGCGAGUCGCCCUUCCUGGGUGACACCAAGCAGGAGACCUUCCUGAACAUCUCCCAGGUGAACGUGCAGUUCCCGCCCGAUGUCUUCCAGGGCAUCUCGGACCAGGCCAUCGACUUCAUCCGCUCCCUGCUUGUCAAGAACCCCAGGAAGCGAGCCAAGGCUGAGCAGUGCCUGCAGCACCCCUGGCUGGCCCUGGCCCCAGCCCCGGCCCCGGCGGUGGAGCUGGCGGCCCCAGUGCGGGCUGAUCUGGAGCAGGCCCCGGUGAGCGAGGGCAGCAGUGGCCCUGAGGAGGACGAAGAGCUGGUGCUGGUGGCCUCCUACAUGAUGCCCUGCCCCUGCCGCCAGCUGAGGGGCCUGGAGGUGCGGGAGACGGAGCUGGCUGGGGUGCGGAAGCCGUUCCCAGCCCUGCAGGAGAUCGCCCAGGAGCUGGUGUUCUGAGCCGGCCGCCCGCAACCCCUUUGCCUGCUGCCUUGGAGAGCAGCGCGGCGGACUUGCCACAGGCCUGCCGGGCACAUUUCCAAGCCUGUCCCGGAGUCGGGGCCCCUGGAUGCGAGAGGGACGGGCCCCCGGAGUGGGGGGCUCCCAGGGAGCAGGAGCAGCUUUGCCUCGGUCCUGGGGGAGCCAGUCGGGCACCCGGCUGCUCAGCCCUGCAGCCAUGGCUCCUGUGUACAUAGCACUGCAGGGGAGGACAGAGCCUGUCAGACGGGAUAGGGUGGGUCACUGUAGGGGAGGGGAGCCCCCCAGUGUCAGUGAUGGGGGACGGGAGCACCUGUUACCAGCGGGAGUUUGUUGGGGUAUCACUGCCCCGCACAGCUGGACCAGGCAGUGGCUGAAGGAAGAGACUGAACCCCUGUGGCCUCUACAGGAGACAAACACCAUGGAAAAGCCCUGGGGGUCACCCCAGAGCCCCACAUUCAAACUGCAACCCGAAAUCUGCAGCAGCUUCCCCCAGAGCAGCUGCCAGCGGGAGCACAGGGCCCAGCGGGGCAGAGGCUGCUCAGCUCGGAACCCGGGAAGCUCCAUUUGGGGGCUGGCCCUGCCUGCGGUCACUGCGGCAUAGGGAUGCCCCCCUCCAUCCUGUUGUGGGGCAUGGAAGGGCCCCACUGCCUGGCCCAGCCCCACCCAGGCAGCUGACCCAUGUUUUCCCUCUGGUUUCUGAAUUAGCAAAUUAGUUACUGGCCCAUUUGGUCCGGGGGGAGGUGGAGGGCUGGCUGCACUGCCACACUGUGCUGGCCAUGGGGCGAGGCCUGGGGAGGGCAAGGGGCGGAUGGCACCAGGAGCUGGCAGUGCCACCAGAUUUCUCUGAUGGUCCAGGUGCCAAUUGCAGGGUAAAGUGGAGCCGCCCCCGUUCUGCUGUGUUCACACCUUGGCAUCAGGCUGCCAGGCAGGGACUCGAGGGGGAGCCCCAAACCAGGCACUCCUGCAGCGGGUGCCUGGCCCAGCAGAUGGCGCCAUUGGGUUCCCCCCAAGUGAAGCCCAUGGGGCAGCCGCCGCGUCUGGCACUGGGCUUUGCGGCCGCCCCGGGAGGGACCGUGGCACCAGCUGCCACGUCUUUGCCUGGUUUUUUUGAACUAAAGGAUUAAAGUUUAUAUCUAUAAAAAUGUUGGCUCCUCCCCAGGGGGUCCCCAGGGGCCUCGUGCCCCACAUGGGCCCCACUCUCACCCAGACAGGCCCAGGGCCUAGCUCUCCUGCCCAGGGGCUGUGCUGCAGCCAGCAAUGGCUAAGGCAGGCUGCCCAGGGGACACCUCUCCCCACCAGACAGGAGCCUGGGCUCCAUGCAAGCAGCUUGGGCAAGGCACGGGUGCGGGGGUGGUGGCUGGGAGGAGCGGGUGUCCCAGGCCCCAGUGACCUGCUGCCUGGGGCCUCACACUUGCCGGCUUUGAAGUGAGCAGGUCACAGGGGCUCCCCGGCCUCUAAGGACUGAGGCCCCAUCGGGGCUGCAGUUCCAGCCAGGCAAAGUUGCGGUGCGUAAGGCAGGUGCUGUGUCCCCAGUGUGACGAGCUCCCUGGAGAGAUGGCAGAGCAGGUGGCAAGUGACUUUUAGCCCCCAUUGCCCACAUGGGGGGGCUGAGCCCUGCAGCUUCUAGCCUGCCGUGCCAAGCACCCAGCUCCCUGCCAGGGGCAUGACAGCCCAGCGCCCUGACUACCUCGCAAUCACACCUGGCCAGUCUGGUGCUGCUGGGCACAGGGGAGCUCAGCAGGGUUGGCUGCUCUGCCAGGCAGGCACCAGUUCACCCCCUUGCCCCGGGAUGCACCCAGGAAAUGCUGGGUGUCCCUCAGGACAUGCACAUGGCAGCGCAUGGGGUGCCCCCAUCUCAGCUGGCACUGGUGGGACAUGGCCUGACUCAUGCCCAGCCCUGCAGCUCUGCUUGUGGCUGCAGGAGCUGGGACCUAGGGCAGAAGGAGCAAACCCAGGUGCCCACCUCCCUGUCCUCCCUGGGGCUGGCUCUUGCCUCCAGCUCCUGGGAACAGGCGGAGGCUGAGCCCCCUACCCCCAGCUCGGUGGGCUUGCGCAGAGCAGCUUCAUCAGGCUCUGCUCCCACAUAAGCUGCAGUGAGAAGCCCUGCCCAGCCCAGGUAGGCAAGUCCUGCUAGCACCGAGUGCCUGCUGGGCAGCCCGUCU